AUGAAGGAUUACAUCGAUCAGGGUCACAUGACGGUUAUUCCCCAGAUUCAAGUAAACAAAAACGCGGGUUUCUAUAUACCUCACCAUGGCAUAGCGCGGACGGAUCCGGAUAAUGCAAAAUUUCGCGUCGUGUUCGAUGCGUCGGCCAAAUCGUCGAACGGAAAUUCGUUGAACGACGUCUUACUCGUGGGUCCUAAGUUACAGGCGGACAUUGGCGCCCUUUUGAUGGUAUUUAGAACACACAAUAUAGUUUUUACGGCCGAUAUUAGACAAAUGUAUCGGCAAAUUGCAGUGGCGGAAUCUCAACGGUUAUACCAAAAAAUUCUAUGGCGUUUUUCGCCGGAACAACCGAUCAACGAAUAUUAUUUAAAUACCGUAACAUACGGGGUGUGCUCCAGCCCCUAUCUAGCAAUCCGAACUUUGGCCCAACUCGUAAAGGACGAAGGGCACGCGUUUCCACUCGGAGCGCAGGUACUUAAGUCAUGUAUUUAUGUAGAUGAUGUGGUAGCGGGCGCAUCAUCUAUCGAGGAUGCACGCGAGACGCAAGAACAAUUAAUCAAAUUAUUGAAUAAGGGAGGCUUUGAGCUACGCAAGUGGGCGAGCAAUAGUCAAGGUCUUGUGAACUCAGUUCCCACAAGCCACCAACGGCCAUACCAAUUCCCAUUAGAGAGCCCCGGAAUGAUUAAACUAUUAGGGCUUCAGUGGUGCCCACCGGCAGACAUAUUUUCAUAUACCAUUAAUCCCAAUAAUCGUCCGUGUACCAAACGCAACAUUCUAUCCGAAAUUGCGCGAAUCUAUGAUCCGCUAGGUUUUCUCGCACCCCUUACGUUGAUGGCUAAACAAUUAAUUCAGACGCUGUGGAGUAUCGGCAUCGGUUGGGGCGAUACACCGCCGGCUGAAAUUGUCCAUUUAUGGAAUUCCUUUCAGGCUCAAGUUCCGGAAUUGGGUAAGGUCUCAAUACCGCGUCAGUGUGCUGAUGAUGGGGCCCUUACUUCUGAACUUCAUGGUUUCGCGGACGCGUCGGAGCGGGGUUUGGGGGCCGUGGUUUAUUUACGCCAAUCCCGCCCAACAGGAGAAAUUCGGGUCUCUCUAAUCGCCGGAAAAUCCCGCGUCGCUCCUUUGAAGACGGUUUCACUUCCACGUCUGGAGCUAUGCGCUGCGGUACUAGCGGCCGACUUAUUAUCAUUCGUCCGUGAAACUCUCAAGGGUGUUCUAAACAUACACAGGGUGUAUGCGUGGUCGGAUUCUAAAGUUGCGCUAACAUGGAUUAGGUCGCCGCCCUAUCGUUGGGCCACUUUUGUCGCGAAUCGGGUCGCGCACAUCCAAGAUCUGUUGGAACCGUCGGCAUGGAAUCAUGUGAGCGGGCGUGAUAACCCGGCCGACUGCGCAUCGAGGGGGUUACUCCCCCAGGAGCUUGUUACACAUCCGCUAUGGUGGGCGGGUCCCACAUGGUUGGCAGGUACUGAGUGGCCGCCACAAAUCGACUUAGAAGUUCCUACCGGUACGGAACUUGAAGCCCGGCAAAGGGUUCUCAUCAGCCGCGUGAUCGAAGAAUGGCCGAUGAUCCUAUUAAAUCGAUUCUCGUCACUUCGAAAAAUUGAGGGAAUCAUCGCGUACUGUUUGCGUUUUGUUCAAAAUUUAAGAAUUCCAAAGGAGGAAAGAGAGUCGGGACCGUUACACAGGAGGGAAUUGCAUCGUGCCUUGUUGGUACUUGUGCGAAUGGUGCAAAGUAAAGUAUUUGCCAAUGAAAUUCGUUCAUUGAAAAAGAAUGGCACAUGUUCAAAACCAUUCCGCAAACUGUCCCCAUUCCUCGACGACGGUUUGAUUCGCGUCGGCGGAAGAUUGCAACAAUCGGAAUUGCCCUAUGAAGCUAAGCACCCCUUGUUAUUACCGCGAUCGCACCGUCUCACCGAACUAAUCAUAGAGGCCGCUCAUCGGACACACUUGCAUGUCGGAUUCCGGACAUUACAGUAUUUGUUGUUGCGUGAAUUUUGGAUUCUGUCAAGCCGACGCGCCAUCGAACAUACCCUUCGACGAUGUAACAGAUGCUUUCGCGUAAAUCCAAAGCCAAUAACGCCGUUUAUGGGUGAACUACCGAGGCCGCGAGUAACGCAAGCAAAGGUUUUCACGCACUGUGGAGUGGACUUUGCUGGCCCUUUCUCCAUUACAAUGGGACGGCGUCGGGGUGCGGCGCGGUUGAAGGCCUACGUCUGCGUUUUCGUCUGUUUUGCGGUAAAGGCCAUCCACCUGGAAUUGGUGUCUAACUUGACUUCGGAAGGGUUUUUGGGUGCAUUACGUCGUUUAGUGGCGCGUAGAGGACAAUGUACUGACAUUUAUAGCGAUUGCGGUACAAAUUUCGUGGGCGCCAAUAAUGUGCUUCAGAAAUAUAUGCAAGCAGCGGCCGGUAGCUGCGGCAUCAAAUGGCAUUUUAACCCCCCGUCGGCCCCCCAUAUGGGAGGAUUAUGGGAGGCGGGCGUUAAAUCGUUCAAAUCGCAUCUUAAGCGCGUGGUAGGCGAGCAACUCCUAACAUUCGAAGAAUUUAGUACCGUAUUGGCGCAAAUUGAAGCCGUGUUGAAUUCGCGACCCCUGUGUCCCGUCUCCGCAGAUAACCCCGAAGAUUUGUCGGUUCUAACACCCGGGCAUUUUUUAACCACAGGACCGUUAGUGGCCGUUCCCGAUGAACCGUUGGAAGCAAUGCGGUUAAAUCGGCUAAGUAGAUGGCAGCUCGUGCAACGGUUGCACCAGGAUUUUUGGCAUAGGUGGCAACAGGGUUAUCUCCAUACAUUGCAGCAACGAAAUAAAUGGAACACGUCGAAUAACCUACCGUCGAUAGAUACGCUGGUCGUAAUCAAGGGUGAUUCGGUGGCCCCGUUGCAGUGGCAACUUGGCCGAAUUGUCGCGCUGCACCCGGGAAAAGACGGCAUAGUGCGAGUUGCACAAGUACGUACCACUAGCGGCCUGAUCACACGUCCUCUAGUGAAGCUGUGCCCGCUUCCUCGUCAAUAG